AUGACGUACGUAUUCAUUAACGUUUACAACAUGACUCAAAAUGGCUGUGCACUUUUCCACUAAACUGUUACUGUUUUGGGGGGUUUUGUACUAAAAGGCUAUUCGGGAACUGAAAGAAAGCAGCAAAAUCACACACAUUCUUUGUUAGACAUCUAUUAAGGUUUGCUUUUCAACGAAUAAUAUCUUAAUCUAACGUUACAUUCUUUUGGUCGAUUCUGUCAGCAUGCUAAUUAGAAGCGAUUCUGAGAAUCAUUCCACUAUGACAAGCUUCGGGCCUUGGUUGUAAUUGUGGCGCACACCACACGCACCUGCAUGGGGAGGAUGGAGAGCGAUUGCAGAAUCCCCAUUUCGUGCUUGAGGCCCAGAGUCCUGGCCUUGCAUGCACUCUUCUGGGUUUUGGUGUCUCUCAGAGUGUUUGGUGCAGCUCUGCUGAGUGAGGAGAAGACCACAGUGGCCAGGCCUGUAACCACCCCCUGUUGGCAAAUGGAGGAGUUUGUGGUUGCGGUGGAAUGCUCCCGGUGCAACACCUUCCAGUCGAAGUCGUGGGCAGCAUGUAUUCAGACGGGAUACGUGGAGAGGAUCAACUGCACCAAGUCUAAUAAAGACGAGUACAAGAGCUGCCGCUCUACCCUGAUGGAGGAACACCUUUUCUGGAAGUUUGAGGGAGCCAUGUUGGGCCUCACCAUACUGUUCGCACUCAUAGUGGUCGCUAGGCAACGUUCGCUGGACCGGCUUGCCUCCGAGAAAGUCCGCCGGCAGAUCGAGUCCAUCUAGCACAGUACACCAGAGUGAAGAGACUAGUAGAACUCACCAUGGUGGCUCAUCUCAACAUUUCAAACUGUUAAGAAUUACCACAGCCACCAAAUUUCAACGGCAUGGGGGUCUGGAGAACGUUAUGUCCGACAAUGGGCCAGACUUACUGGACUUAAUUAAAUGUUGGCGUUGAAGAAAUUAGGCCUGACAGUAACAAACUUAUAAUAUCAAGAUUGACAGUGAAACUCCAGCCCUAAUUUUAACCUGCCAAAGCACAAAUGAUGAACAGUGUCUGGCAUUUGUCAAUGGAAUGAAUAUCCCUAAAAGGAAUGGCUCUUCUGAGCAGGCAACUUGCAGUACUUUGAUCUAGACAAAGUCUGUGAAAGUGAUGAACUGACUGCAUUGUAAGUAGCAGACAACUGAUGGAUUAGUUCAAGUCACAUACAUGUUUCUUUGAUGCCAUUUAAAAAAGUAUAUUGAAGCCUGUGUUGAAUAUACAGAAUUGUCUGACAAAUGCCAGAGAAGUUUCUGGCAUAUGUUUCUGUUCUCUGAGAGAACCAAUAAUCUCAUCUAGUGUCAAAUGCCCUGUCUGACUUGGAAACAUGGACUAAUAACUAGGUCUGUGACUCAAGUGGAUCUAGAAUCUGUCUUAUAGGAGGAUGGGUGUUGCACAGUGUUACUGUGUACUGUUUUAUGAGUUUCGUGCUGUUUUCACCGCCGUGGGUUUCAUAUUUUGAAGGUUCAGUAUUGGUGUUCUGGCAAAAGUCUACAAUCACUAGAUUGUGAAAGGCGAAGUCUUGUGUGUUUGGAGAGUUCAGGCAUGGUUCUAAAUGCAAACACUGACAUUUGCCUGUUAGAGAUUUUGAUAGGGUAUAUAGUGUUAUCCAAUAUACACGAACGACACACUGCACAUCUUUUUUCUGCUUUCAUUCAUUUAAAAACUUUGUUGGAUUUCCACUGAUGGAGACUGUCACUUUUUUCGAUUCCCCUAGUAGGCUCCUAGUAACGUUGGUCUAUGAGCUCAGUGAUUGCCAGUAUUUUCAUGAUUUUAUCAAGGUUUUACAUUUCAACUGUAAAUAAUGUAUUUUUAGGAAAUAUGUCAGAUGUGUUUUCCAGCCUCAGCAGCUCACAAAGAGAUGAGAAUUCUGCAAGAAUAAAUGGAAAAUCGGAAAACACUUAA